CGACGGAGUUUUCUUCCUAGUCCCAAUUUCGUCAUUUGCAUCGGGCGGACCCAAGUCGGCCAUUUCCAGCUACGAGGACUAUUUGAAACGGAUUCUUCGCGGUCUACUCACACGCAAGUAGCAGUAUGGCCGAUGCUAGCGCAAAGCCACAGGCACCGGCGGCAGUCGGUGGUCUCUUUGACCGGAUUGCCGCGUUCCGGCAGAAGAUGAACUUGCCAACCCCGGGAAGUUGGGAAGGCCUGCACAGAGAAGCAAAGAUGGUGCAGCCUACCAACUUCUUGAUCGAGGGAGCCAAGUUUGAUUUGACCUCAGUGUUGACACCGCACUUCCAAGUCAUGCAUUCUUUCUCUUGGGGAGCAUCGCAGUUUCCUCCUACAUAUCAUUUUGGUACGGUCUAUGCAAAGGAUAAGAUCAUGCUACACGGACAGGUGGAUGAUCAAGGUGGUCUGCAGGCCCGCGCAAAUUACAACUGGCUAGCACAGCCAGCGAAUCCUGCAGCGCAACCGGCUUACGAUCCAACCAAGCCUCCGCACGAGCAGCCUCCUCCCCAGCUCCCUGAGCAACCAAAGUUAUCGUCGACUUCCAAAGUAACGGCCCACUUUACAAAUCAGCCUGGUCAAAAUAUGGUUCAGCUGGAGCAUGAUCACGUUGGUUCGGACUAUUCCUUUAAUGUGAAAGCGGUUAACCCCAACCCGGUGGACAAGGCCGCGUCUUGGGGGAAGAAAGGAUCCAGUUCCACCACGGGCAUCUACCAAUUAGCAUAUCUUCAAUCUGUUACGCAAUCUGUAGCGCUUGGUACCGAGUUUGUGUACAACCGUAUGAUGGCUGACGUGGAGGAAUCGAGUCUUUCGUAUGCCUUGCGCUAUGCACCGCCGCCAUCUCCACUCCCGCCACCGACCACAGUUCCUCCGGGCAUGCCAUCGCCUUUCCCGCCGGUUGACCCUAAGUCACCUACUCAAGUAUUUACUGCCACAUUCCAGCCGGGCAGCGGUCUUUUGCACUCUACCUACUGGCGUCGCUUGAAUCAACGUUUGGAAGUGUGUGCGGAAGUUCAGCUUUUGAUGACCAAGGGCGGACGUAUGGGUGAAGGUCGGAGAGAAGGUAUUGCUAGCGUUGGUUUCAAACUUGACACGAUCAAUGCGAGCAUCCGUGGAAUGGUUGAUACGAUGGGUCGCUUGAGUGCUGUAUUGGAGGAGCGUAUUGUGGGAGGGUUGGCAUUCCAUCUUUCUGGGGAGAUUGACUACGCAAAAGGUGGCGGUGGUCAGGGACGUGUUGGUAUUGGGUUCACGCUGGAAGCGUAACCGCUGGCGUCGUGAGGGUGACCGAGGUUUAUGGAUAGCAUCUUGAUAGAGGAAGUGGGUGUCAUGUGUCUUUUAUCGGAUGAACAAGAGUUUCCAUUUCCGUUGCCUAUUGGUUCAUAUGCUGUCGACGACUUUUUUUUUGUUGUUCAUUGAAAUUCGCAUCAUAUAUGUUGGUGAAGCG